AUGUCCGCGCCCGGCCCGCACCACCCGCCGCCGAACGACGGCCUUGACGACAGUUCUAAGCGCUUUGAGCAGCAGCACGAGGAGAGAGCCUCGGCCACUGUUGCCACUCAAGCGCCUCCAUCCGAUAACAGCAACAUCGCGCGUGAUUCGCAGCCGACUCUCGCCACCGGUCACGGAGGAGGAAACUCACAGCAGUCGCAGGGCUUUUCCCUCCCGUCGUAUCCUUACCAGCAACAGGGUGUCCAGCAGUAUGACUCUCACCAGCAGCACAAUGUUCAGCAGCACAAUAUCGACGACAGUGCGCUUCAAGUCUCGACCAACGCUGCAACUGGCGUGCCAAGCUUGAGGAGGAGCAAACGAGUGGCGGGCAGCCGUGCUCUGAGUUCCAUGCGCAUGCUUCCUCCGAGCAGGACGAUGACACCUGUGUCCACUCACCUCAGUCCCAUUCCUAUGGAGAGUACUGACGGCAACAUGUCUUCGCCUCACAACCGCAACACCGAGCCCCCUACUUCCCAUCCGCAGACGCCCAGCAAGAUUAAGAGGAAGCUCGACGACAGCGAAGAGAUCGACACUUCCACGAGAGCCACCCUGACGAACAAAUCACUCAUCGAGGCGCGCGCCAUCGCCUUCCUCAUGGCGCACCCGCCGGCGGACGCCUUCCACGGGACCACGCUCCAGCGCGCCUUCCUGCGCCACGCGUGGCCCAACCACUUCCACAGGCAGCCGCGCAUCAUCAGGCGGGACUCGGCGCUGUUGGCCAUGGGCCCGGCGCGCCUCAACGUCUCCGACACCAUGUGGCGCGCCAUGAUGGACGCCGACAUCGCCACCCGCCCGCCCAUGCCCGUCCACAUCGCCGACCGCCAGAUCGUGCGCUGCGACGAGCGCCACAGCCUGCGCGACCACUCGCCCCGCGGCACCCCCUCGGUGCGGUGCCGCAUCUGCCCGGACAACAUCCCGUGGGACACGGUGACCGACCAGCCCAGCUACCACAUGAUGUGCCCGGCCUGCAUCGGCGAGCACGACGCCGCCCUGGCCGCCGAAGAGAAUGGGGAGAAAGAGGGAGAGGGGGAGGGAGAGGAGGGGCAGACGGCGACGACGACGACGAUGAUGACGACGACGACGAAGACAACGACGACGACGACGACGACGCAGACGCCGCAGCAGGCGCAGGCGGGCAGGCUGCGCGCGCUGCUCGCCGGCGGCGCGUGGGCGCGGCUGUGCGACGCGUGCAUGGCCCGCAGCGGGAUGCACUUGAUGAAGCCGUGCUCGUGCCAGUGGGCCGUCGCGCGCUGCUUCAAGCACCGCCGCGAACACCUGGAGCGCCUGGACGAGAAGGUGAGGUCGAACAACGCGGCGGGCGGCGACGGCGACGACGGCGGCGACGACGGCGGCGACGAGCAGGUGAGGUCGAACAGCGUGGCGGGCGGCGACGACGGCGGGGACGACCGCACCGACUUGUACAAGGCGGUCCAGCUCCACGCUGCGCCGGACCUCGGCGGCGAGACGUUUGAGGGCCGGCGCCCGUACUGCGGCGAGUGCUGGGAGAGGGAGGCGACGACGGCGCGGGUCCCCAGCGCGUGGAAGUGCUUCGUCUGCAUGGGCGUCUUCGUCAUGCCGGCUGGUGAUGUCGUGCCGAAUUGGUUUCCGUUCUUGGAUCCGAGCGGUCGUGAUUCCCCGUCCGGUCAUUCUCCUGCUUCUUUGGAGGAGGAGGAGCGUUCGAGUCCGGCGUCCAUUUAA